AUGACCGCCAUCUCCGCCUCCCGUUUCUCCUCUGUCCCCAUCCUCCGCACCCGCAGUAGCAUGUACAAGCUGUCUUCGCACGAAGAGAGUCGCUCGUUCGUCGCAUUGACUUGCAGGACAUGUCGUGCCGUUGUCGCCUCCGAGAGGCACCUCCUCUGCAAGGGAUUCCGAGGCUACUCUGGAAAAGCAGCCCUGUUUACCGACGCCACGAACAUCACCCUCAGCAAGCCGAGCCUGCUCCUCAUGGACACCGGCGCACACACCGUCCAAGAGUUCAAAUGCACCGCGUGCGCAUCCUACCUCGGCUGGAAGAUCGUGCGCGCACACGAGCGCACAGAGACCUGGAAGGAGGGCAAGUUCCUCCUCGAGCUGGCCCUACUAGAGGAGGCAUCAGAGCCGACAGGGACACAGCGCUGGAAGGACGCGAGGGAGUCUCUGGUGCGCGCGAGCAUGCUCCAUCGACGGACGGCGACGGACCCGCGACCGCUGCCCGCUCAGCGUCCUGCCGGACCGCGCGAUCAUUCGCCAGCACUGCCCCUCCGAGAUCGGACUGCAUCCAUGCAAGCGUAG